AUGUUUAAAUGUUUCGCGUGUGAUUGUUCAUUUGACAAUAACAAGACUUUAGUGCUUCAUGUAGAGUUAGCGCAUAGGUAUUACGAUACGUUUCAAUGUACAGAAUCUGCUUGUCAAAAGAAGUAUGAAAAUUUUUGUUCGUAUAAAAAACAUCGUAAUUUAAAACAUGGCGUUGAAUUACUCCCUCAUCAAAUAUGGGAAAAAAAAAAUUUUAAUGCCGAUUUCAGUUUACCGUCUGUUAUUGAAGACGCAACAGCAGAUGAAGAAUUAUAUACUGAAAGUUCGGACAGUUCAAGUGAUGAAUCUGAUUAUUUUGUCGAGGAUGAAAUUGAAGAUAUCUUUUCCUCUGAUGUAUCAGAAAAUUAUGAAACUGACUUCAAGACCAAAACAACGUUGUUUGCCGCUAAACUGUAUAAAUUAACUAGUGUAUCGAGAAAGUAUGUUAAUGAAAUUAUAAAUGAUGUCUCCGACUUAUUUGAAAGUUACACGAAUUCCGUUAAAAAUGAAUUUAACAACAAGGCAGCAAGUUUUUCAAAAAAUUCCUUUACUCUUUCUGAAAUCAGUGAGGUUUUAGAUGAAUUCUCAAAUCCUUUCCAUAAUAUUAAAACAGAAGCUAAGCGAUUAAAAUUGUUUGAGAAAAAUGGGACUUUUAUACCACCUCAAAAUUAUAAACUUGGUGAGGCCAAAGUUAUUGUCGAAAAAAAUGGAGAAAAAGUAUCUUCCAUUAAAGAGAUUUGCGCACAAUUUAUACCCAUCAGAAAAGUAUUGAAACUGUUUUUUGAAUUGCCAGAUAUUCUGAAAAAUACUUUACAGUACAUGGAAAAUGUUAAAGAAAAUAAAUUCGUAAUUCAAAACAUUAUUCAAGGAUCUUUGUAUCAGGAGAAAGUUAAAUCCUUUAAAGAUAAGAUUGUUUUACCUUUAAUACUAGCGUUCGACGACUAUGAAACCAACAACCCGUUAGGCAGUCAUAAAGGUGUCAACAAAUGUGGUGCAACAUACUUAAGUUGCCCUGCUCUUCCUCCCGAUUUGCAAUCUAAACUAGAAAAUAUCUUUCUCUUUUUGCUGUUUAAUACAAAACAUCGUGUACAAUACCAAAAUAGAAUUAUUUUCACGAAAGCUAUGGAAGAACUAGAAUUCCUUCUACAUGAGGGCAUACCAAUAAAAGUUGACAAUGUUACGAAACAAGUACACUUUAGCUUAAUUUUGAUUUACGGAGAUAAUCUUGGAAUUAAAUCAAUUUUAGGAUAUGCUGAAAGUUUCCAAGCUACCUACUUUUGUUGGCAUUGUUUAACCGAACGAAAAAAUAUACAAUUUGUGUUUAAUGAACGAGAUUGUAAACUUCGAAAUCGCGAAAAUUAUAAUGAGCUUUUGGCAAAAAAUAAUGUUUCGGUUUCAGGAAUCAAAGAAGCCUGUGUUUUUGACGAGAUGUCCAAUUUUGAUCAUACGGAAAAUUUAUAUGUGGAUCCCUUACAUGAUGUUCCAGAUGGUGUAUUAAGAUACGAUGUAGCGCAGGCAUUAGAUUAUUUCAUAUAUAAAAAAAAAUAUUUCACACUGGACGAUUUAAACCUUCGAAUUGCUGGUUUCAAUUACGGUGAUAAUUCAAAAACAAAUAAGCCUAUGCCUGUUUUGGAGCAACAAAUUAAAAAAGGAUGUCUCAUUAUGUCAGCCUCUGAGAUGAUGAACUUAUUCCGAAAUCUAUUUCUCCUGAUCGGACCAUUCGUUCCGGAAGACGAUCCUCACUGGCAAUUACUUAUCAAAUUAAAAAUAAUAAUAGAGAUUAUUUUCAGCAAAGUUAUUAAUUCUGAAACAUAUAAGUGGCUGGAUACAGAAAUAACGGAAUAUUUGACUGAACUUUCGAGAUUGUAUCCCGGUUGCUUAAAACCCAAACAUCAUUUUUUAAUUCACUACCCACGAGUGAUGAAAGCAGUUGGUCCUCUUGCAUCUUUAAGCACAAUUCGUUUUGAGGGAAAACAUAGGGAGGGGAAAGUUGCCUCUCAUGUCUCCAUAUGUGCUCCAGUUUACCUAGCCGCAGUUAUGGAAUACUUGGCUGCCGAAGUCUUGGAGUUGGCCGGAAACGCAGCUCGUGACAACAAGAAGUCGAGAAUCAUCCCCCGUCAUCUCCAACUCGCCAUCAGGAACGACGAGGAAUUAAAUAAGCUCCUUUCUGGCGUCACCAUCGCCCAGGGUGGUGUUCUCCCCAACAUUCAAGCUGUUCUUUUGCCGAAGAAGACAGAAAAGAAAGCUUAA